AAGGAAUUAGUAUCAUGGGUACAUGACCCUUUAGACAGACUUCUCAAGAAAGCCUUGGGGAGAUACGCGUACAUGGAAAAUCCUACGGAGCACUUCAUAGAGUUUCGCCAAUCCCAGACUCAACAAUACGCCUAUCCACGUAUACGGAGAAUUCGACUUACGAGGAGGCCGCAGACAAGAGCCGCCAACGAGGUGAACUGCGGACCAAAAGACCCUUUCGUUUGCUUUUUGAGUUGACACUCUAGGUUUGACUACCAGUGGCGCUGUGCCGGGAGUGGAGAUGGGAGAAUCAGGUUGUCGAACAACGGAUACAUCCUUUGCAUUUAAAUGUAGCAAUAGGUCCUUUCUAUCUUUUUUUUUUUUUUUGACUCCAAGCACUUCUUCAUCAAUUCUUCAAGCACCUCUAGUUUGUUUCCUUUAUUAUACCCUACUGCACGUUACAUUGCCUUUAAAUCACCAUGAGCAGCACCGUCUGCGACCCGAACUGGCAGCAUGCCACGUUUGCUUACUACCGAUACCACCCUUCUCUGGGUGCCGCCAUUUUGUUUUGCAUUCUGUUCUUUUUAUCUGGCGUCUUCCACUUUAUACAGAUGUGGAAGACAAGGAGUUGGUAUUUGACUCCAUUGGUAAUCGGCUGUUUUUUUGAGUUUAUUGGCUUCGCUGGUAGAGCUGGGUCUGGAGUCCAAGACGUUGGCUGUUGGACUCUGGGGCCAUACCUUAUCCAGAGCAUGUUUAUCUUGCUUGCGCCAGCAUUAUUCGCGGCUUCUAUCUACAUGAUUCUCGGUCGAAUCAUCCUCCUUGUCGAUGGACAAGAACAUUCGAUCAUUAGACCACAAUGGUUGACUAAGAUAUUCGUAACUGGAGAUGUUGUUUGUUUCCUCAUGCUGGCUGGAGGUAGCGGGAUUCUAGCCACGGCAAAGAACAAUCCAUCCAUGUCCCACACCGGCAACAACGUCAUUAUUGGAGGCCUUGUGCUGCAAUUAAUCUGGUUCGCCAUUUUCGUCGUCGUCGCAGGCGUGUUCCACUAUCGAAUGCGGUCGAUCCCAACGGCUCGCUCACAACAACCAGAGGUCCGCUGGCAAGUCUACCUCCAGACUUUAUACGUUUCUGCUAUCUUGAUAAUCAUUCGAAAUCUAUUCCGUGUUAUCGAAUACGUCGAAGGAAAUGAUGGGUAUCUGCUUUCCAGGGAGACCUUCAUUUACAUUUUUGACGCUCUCCCAAUGCUGGUCAUUGUAUUUUGGCUCCACUGGAGACACCCGGGAGAGAUUGGCUUAUUGAUGCGUGGCGAGAAGUCGUUCAAGAAUGGAUUCCAACUGAUCAAUGUCGGAAGCCGAGCCUGAGCAUAAAAGAACGAGAACGCGUCGUGGAUCGGAGACCAUUCGGAAUCAAUUUUGAUUCAAAUGAUCGAGAUCGAGUUCAGGGCUUAUUACAGCAAUGCAUCGGAAAAUAAUAUUUCAUAUCGUGUCUAUCAUUUUAAUUGUUAUUAGUCUAUAGAGUUAGCUACCCCUGUUAUCAUCGCG